UGUCACCUCAUUACUCAUUCAUUAGUCCAGAGAAGGUGCAUUGCACGCUAUAGUUAUUUUACACCGAGAUUCCAGUGUUAGUUACCGCUCCGCCACCGUCACCAUCGCCGUCAUGCCCUACCACCACUUCCUCCUCAUCACAUACCCCGCACAGGGCCACAUAAACCCUUCCCUCCAGUUAGCAAAGCGGCUCAUUAAUUUAGGCGCACGCGUCACUGUUUCCACCACCGUCCACGUGCACCGCCGCAUGUCCGACAAACCCUCCAUCCCCGGCCUCUCCUUCGCCCCCUUCUCCGACGGCUACGACGACGGUUUCACCCGCUCCGAUGACUCCAGCUAUGCCCACUACGCCGCUGAGUACAAGCGCCGCGGAACCGAGUUCGUCACCGAUCUCAUAAACUCCGCCGCCGAAGAAGGCCAGCACCCUUUCACUUGUGUAGUCUACACCUUCCUACAAAACUGGGUGGCAGAGGUGGCCCGUGCGUUUCACCUUCCUGCGGUUGUCCUCUGGACUCAACCAGCGGUGCUCUUGGACAUCCACUACUUCUACUUUCACGGCUACCGUGACUACGUCAACGAGAAAAUUACCCAAGAGCCUUCGUCGUGUUCCUUGGAGCUUCCAGGGUUGCCGCCGUUGCAACCCUCACGUGACCUACCUUCAUUUUAUUUGGAAUCGAAUAGUUCGACUAAGUUUCGGAACUCUUUCAUUGUUUCACGGAUUGAAAAACAGUUUCGAGAUCUUGACCAAGAAGUCAAACCAAGAAUAUUAGCCAACACCGUUGAAGCGUUGGAACCUGAUGCCCUGAGGGCCGUUGAUGAUAAGUUGGACGUGAUACCAAUCGGGCCGUUGAUUCCUUCGGCGUUCUUGGACGAUGAUCAAGAUGGAGGUGGUGAUAGUUCGUAUGGCGGUAAUAUCUUCAAACGAUCAGAUGAUUACGUAGAGUGGUUGGACUCGCAGGCGGAGAAAUCGGUGGUUUAUGUGUCGUUUGGUAGCUUCUGUGUGUUGGCGAAGAAGCAGAUGGAGGAAAUGGCGCGUGCGUUGUUGGAUUUAGGGCAUCCAUUCUUGUGGGUUAUUAGGGAGAAAGUAAAGAAAGAGAAAGAGAGAGAGGAAGAGGAAGAGGAAGAAUUAAGCUGCAGAGAGGAAUUAGAAGCGAGAGGGAAGAUAGUGGAGUGGUGCUCGCAGGUGGAGGUUUUGUCGCAUGGCUCAUUGGGAUGUUUUGUGACACACUGUGGUUGGAAUUCGACGAUGGAAAGCUUAGCAUCUGGGGUACCAAUGGUGGCGUUUCCGCAAUGGUUGGACCAGAAGACGAAUGCGAAGCUAGUAGAAGAUGUGUGGAAGACAGGCGUGAGGGUGGAUCGUGAGGAAGAGAAGGAAGAAGGGGUGGUGGAAGCUGGUGAAAUAAAGAGGUGUUUGGAUAUGGUAAUGGGAAGUGGAGAGAAGGCGAAGGAACUGAGAGAGAAUGCAGACAAGUGGAAGAGGUUGGCGAGGGAAGCUGUGAAGGAAGGUGGCUCUUCGGACAAGAAUCUCAAGACUUUUCUUCAUCACGUGCAUGACUUAAUGCCUCGGAGUUGAGGUCAAUCCUUAUAUCAGAUUUUUCUUCUCAUUCUUGACUCUUUCUUUUAAUAGUCUUAUAAUAAGUCAAAACCUGCUAUUUUUUUCCUCGAUUCAUCACGUAAUAUUUGUCCAAACAUGGCUUGUGUUUAUGAUGUUUUGUUCUUUUUCUUGGUUUUACCGUCAUGGGUUUCUUUGCCAAUUGGAAAUCAAUAAGAAAUUAUAGGUGAAUAUUUUUGUUUUUA